AUGUCCGAAAUCCGUGGUUUCGAUUCCUUCUUUCGCCUUGACGGCAAGAUCGCACUCGUCACGGGAGGGUCGAGAGGAAUCGGACUCCACACAGCUACCGCACUUCUUCUGGCGGGUGCAAAGAAAGUCAUCAUCACCGCUAGAAAAUCCGGCGGGGAACAAGGCAUUGACCAGGCGGUGGAAAAACUGAAUCGACUCCCGGGUAUCACGGGACAUGCGGUUGGGAUCCAGGCCAAUGUGGCGAACACAGAAGAAAUUGAAAAACUAGCCAGUGAGGUCAGAAAAAGCGAUGGGAAGCUUGAUAUUCUGGUUGCAAAUGCUGGCGCUACGUGGGGAGGUCCCUUUGAGCCAACUCCAGAUUGGAGUUCGCAGAAGAUCCUCGAUCUCAACGUCAGAGGUGUUUUCAAUUUAGCUAGAUUAUUUGCUCCUCUGCUGGAAGCCGCUGGCACACCUCGAGAUCCGUCGAGAGUGAUCAUUGUCAGUUCCGUUGCGGGUACAAAUGUCCCCCACGUCGGUGAAAACGGCACGAUCAUGUAUUCGGUCUCCAAGGCUGCAGCAAAUCACUUGGCAAGGAAUCUCGCCCUUGAGCUGGGACCCCGGAACAUCACAACAAACACCGUUUCUCCUGGAUUUUUCCCAUCAAAGCUUGCAAACGGGCUAAUCGAAAAUCUCGGGGGAGUAGGGAAGCUGAGUUCAAAUGUUCCUCGUGGAAGAUUGGGGGAACCGGAGGAUAUCGCCGGAGUCAUGAUAUAUCUCUGCUCCCCAGCAGGAAACUACAUUAACGGUGUUGUUAUCGCUGUAGAUGGGGGGAAACGGCUGGGGAAUAUCGCAGAAAGGCUCUAG